AUGGGGUGGUGGGUUUCCCUCCUGCUGGUGCUGGCCCCCAGGCUCCCUGGACACCCAGGCAUCCAACCAGUGGAACAUGGCCUGUGGCAGUGGGUAGUCCUGGUGCCCUGGCUUCCUGGGGUUCGCCCCUGCCUGCUCUGCUUUGGGCCUCCCAUGCAGUGGACCCGUCUUUGCCAUGACAUCACCAGGACCUCCUUCAAGGGUCCCCAGCAGCAACACUGCCUGGAGGCGCUUGCUGAGGCUGCUGUGCCACUUGCUCCUGUCACUGUAGGGUCAGGUCAGCGUGAGGCACUUCGGGAGAUCAUCAUGGAUGCCCUGCAUUUUCUGGAGAAGCAGAAGGAAAUAAAGCCUUUUGAGGUGUCUCUGCAGGAAGCCAUCAAUAUAAUCUGGGUGAAGCUGAGCCAACUGGAAGAAGCUCCAGCCUGCAUCCCCCCCUGUGGGUACCAGCCAGCUGCCCGCAUCUUCCAGUGUGCAACCUGCCGCCUUGUGGACUGCCAGUUCCCCCUGGACUGCCCAGUUCAAGAUGUGUGGGUCCAUGAAGAUGAAGCCACCACUCUGCACUGUGAUGUGCCCUUUGCCGUCCCUCCAGACCUGCCCAUUACCUGGAUGUUUGCCAAGGAUAUACGCACGCAGGACCUAGCACUGUUCGAGGAACUGCAGGAGAGUUUGGGGGAACCUCCCAGUCUGACCCUCCAGGACCCCACUCUAGGAACCAUUGCCUGUCGCCUGGGGGCCCCAUCUGAGACCCUGGCCCGCAAGUACUUCUACCUCAAUGUAUCAGGGGGAAGUGUGGAGGCAGAGAAGGGACUCCAGGCCCACUUCAGAGCUGUGCUGCGCUGGCCCCACAGCAGUACCCCCCUGCAGCCCACAGUGUCACUGGAGCUGGGGCUGGCACUUGGCCUCAUGGGGCUAGUGCUGCUACUGGUGGCCUCUUGGUGGUGUUUCCGGAAACCUCCAGAGCCUCCCAGACCCCUGUGA